GGAAGGGGUUAUGGGGCAAUACAGGGGAUAGGACGGGGUUCUGGGGGUUGUAUGGGGAAUAGAGGGGGUUCUGGGGCAACAUAGGGGAUAGGAUGAGGUUCCUGGGUUAUAUGGGGAAUAGGGUGGGAUUCUGGGGGUUGUAUAAGGGACAAGAGGGGGUUCUGGAAUUAGAUAGGGGAUGGGAGGGGGUUCUGGGGGUUGUAUAGGGGAUAGGAUGAAGUUCCAAGGGUUGUACAGGGGAUGGGAGGGGGUUCUGGGGGUUGUAUAGGGGAUAGGAUGAAGUUCCAAGGGUUGUAUAGGGGAUGGGAGGGGGUUCUGCUGUUAUAUAGGGGAUAGGAUGGUGUUCUGGGGUUAUAUAGGGGAUGGGAGGGGGUUCUGGGGAUAUGUAUGGGGUAGGAUAGGAUUCUGGGGGUUGUAUAAGGGACGGGAGGGGGUGCUGGAAUUAUACAGGGGGUAGGACAGGGUUCUGGGGGUUGUAUAAGAGAUGGGAGGGGGUCCUGGGGUUUUAUAUGGGACAAGGUGGGGUUCUGGGGGUUGUAUAGAGGAUGGGAUGGGAUUCCUGGAUUAUACGGGGGAUGGGACGGGGUUCAGGGGUUGUAUGGGGGAUAGGAUGGGGCUCUGCAGUUAUACAGGGGAUGGGACGGGGUUCUGGGGUCAUACAGGGGGUGGUACAGGAUAACGGGGCUAUAUAGGGGAUGGGACGGGGUUCUGAGGGGUUAUACAGGGGACAAUACAGGACUGCGGGGUUAUACACGGGACAGGACGGGGCUCUGGGGUUACACAGAGGACGGGAUGGGACGACGGGGGCGGUGCGGGGUGGCACGGGAUGACGGUAACGGGGCGAUGGGAUGAGCGCCCGCGGAACCCCACAAACGCGGACCCCGAACUCCGCAGGGAGACUCGCCACGCCGGGGGGACACGGGCAGCCCCCAGGGGUGACCGCAGCCGCCAUAGCGCGGCCCGCCCCCUCCUCCAUCCCGCCCAACAUGGCGGCGCCCCCCCCUUCCCCUCAGCGCCGCAGCGCCCUCCCGCGCGCGGGAAGCGGCGGGCGGUUGGGGGUUGCACUUCCGGGAUGGGGGGCGGGCCGCGCGCGCGGCGACGGCCAAUCAGCGCUCAGGGCGCGCCGCCGCGGCGCGAAAUUCAAACGUGGAGCGCGCGCUCGCCGGUGCGGGCUUUGCGGGGCUGCAUCGCGUUUCUCCUUCCAGCGUCACCAACGGGGGCAAAACCACGCUGACCAACAGGGUCGUCAAGGCGCUCCCCAACUGCUGCGUUGUUCACCAGGACGAUUUCUUCAAGUGCUGGACUCGCUGGAUAUGGAGGCCAUGGUGAGCACGGUGCGUGCCUGGAUGGAGAACCCGGUCAAGUUCGCCCGUUCCCAUGGGGUGAACGUCACGCCCGACCCUACAGAGCCUCCCUCCAAAGAGCCCCACAUUCUGCUCAUCGAAGGCUUCCUGCUUUACAACUACAGGCCCCUGGUGGAGCUCUUCGACCUCCGCUACUUCCUGGCGGUGCCGUACGAUGAGUGCAAGCGGAGGAGGAGUACACGCAGCUACACCGUCCCUGACCCCCCCGGGCUCUUCGACGGCCACGUGUGGCCCAUGUACCUGAAGCACCGGAAAGAGAUGGAGGACAGCGGGGUCGACGUCGUUUAUUUAGAUGGGCUGAAGAGCCGGGAGCAGCUCUACAACGAAGUCCUGGAGGACAUCAGGAACAGGCUGCUGAACCGCCCCCCAGGGCCCCAGAAGAGCUGAGGGACCCCAUGUACAGAGCGAUGUAAAUACUACUUACGCCAACGUUGGAACGAGGGUUGAUUUGGGAAAACGUCUUUUGUAUAUAAUCGAGAACGGACGAUAACUUAUUCGCAACCGCGCCGGGCAGGAUCUGUUAUUUUAUUUUAUUUUAUUUUAUUUUUUUAUAUUCCACCGCUAUCGCCAGAAGCCGGGGACGCCUUUCCCUGAUGGGAAUGAACAGGGCCGCGUUUGGGACCCGGCCGCUCCGGAACGUCAUCGUUCCCAUUGAGUAAAACCAGUUCAAAUCUUC